AUGUUGAAAGCGUUAGUGUUUAUUUAUUGUGCGGCUAUAAUGGUGAAAAGUGAAAAUGAUCGAGGAAAACGGGUAUUUGAACGCAGGCAGCCGAAAUUGUUUUCUUUCAACGUUGCCGACGAAGAUGUGUCAAUAGACUUGCAGUUUUCAAUACCGUUCCUGAAACUACCAGUAAAGAAAACAAUGGAUUCGGCCUAUGGGAUGAUUGGGCUUCCGUCAAUAAAUAUCAAUCCUGCUGCUUUGGCACUGGGUGGCGCAGUGGUGUUGGGCACCACAGUGGUACUGCCAUUCUUUGCUAAACAGGUUGAAGCCUCACCACUAAGAAGAAUCACCGUGCUUGUAAGGUAA